AUGGAAUUUGCUUCUUCAUCAGCGUCUCCGUCAGGGGUGGCAAUCCUCGGAAAAUUGUUUGUCGGGGGACUAAAAUCGGAGACGAACAAAGAGGCUCUUCGCGCGCACUUUGAGCGCUACGGGACGGUUGCGGAGGUUAGGGUAAUAUAUGACUGGAGCAAAGGCAAGUCGCGGCGGUUCGGGUUCGUCACAUUCGGAGACACUGCGGCGGCGUCCCGAGCCCUCGAUCCGGGUGAGAAGGAUAACCACAUCAUUGAUGGACACAAGGUUGAUGUGAAACAGGCCGUACUUAAAGAAACUCGGACCGCAGGACCAAGUAGAAACAGUUCCAGCAACACCAACGUUCCAAACGGUAAAAAGAUUUUCAUUGGCGGUUUACCAACAAAUAUCACAGACGACGAAUUCCAAGCUUACUUCGAAAAGUUUGGCCUGAUAAUCGAUGCCAUUGUACUAAAAGACAAGAACAUCAACCAACCUCGGGGCUUCUAA